AUGUUCCCAAUUACUCUGACAGGGAACUUUCUCAUCAUCGUAGCUGCAACCACUGACCCUGCCUUGCACACCCCCAUGUACUAUUUUCUCAAAAACCUGGCUUUAAUUGACAUUUGCUUUACACUAAACAUAGUGCCCAAGAUGCUUGUGGAUUUGUUGUUGGAGAGAAAGGUCAUCUCCCUUUCUGCCUGUGCCCUACAACUAUACAUUGUCAUAUUCUUCAUCACUUCUGAGUGUUUCCUCUUGGGUGCCAUGGCAUAUGACCGAUACAUGGCUAUAUGCCAUCCCUUGCAUUAUGUCAUAACAAUGAACAGGAAAGUGUGUAUUCAUAUGGUCAUAGCAUGCUGGAUUGCUGGUAUUCUGCUUUCUGUAGGUCUCACUGGUUGGCUAUUUAGCUACCCCUUUUGUGGCUCAAAGGAGAUUGAGCAUUUCUUUUGCGAUAUCUCUCCCAUUCUGGAUCUGGUCUGUUCAGUCACACACUUAUUCGAGCUUCUUGUGUUUGUUGCUACUGUUGUAAUUGUUUUGAUCCCAUUUGUCUUGACAGCUCCCUCUUACAUCCAGAUGAUCCAUACCAUCCUCCAAAUGCCAUCUGCCGAAGGAAGAUGGAAAGCUUUUUUCACCUGCAUUGCUCACCUGAUGGUGGUGACACUGUUCUGCUGCACAACUGGCUUGACACGUUUAAAGUCCAAGUCCAAAGUUUCUGCAAACAGCAGGAAACUGGUGGCUCUUUCUUACACAGUAGUAACUCCUAUGCUGAACCCAAUCAUCUACGGCUUACAAAACAAAGUAAAGCAUGCUCUGAGGAGGACAUUUGGGAGAAGACAAUUCUUCAGCAAGGUGCCUCUGCCUAGAUAG